AUGUGGAGCCGCUCUGGCGCUGGCUCGACGCAGCCCAAGUCGCUGUCGGUGGCGGCCGUUGCCAGCCUCUUGUGGCUCGCCCACGCGCGGGGCGGUUCGCCGUGGAAGGCGCCUGGGCCACUGCUGCCGCCACCCGCCUUGGCUCUCGUGCCCUACGUGGCACUCUCGCGCAAGCUCGUGGUUCGUCAAAAGGCGAUGACCGCGCGCCAUCUCGCGGCGCUGACCUAUUUGCACGCACACGCGCCAUCGAUGGUGCUCUCGUACGUGUCGAAGCUCGUCGCGCGCGUUGCCAACGCGCCAAUCCUCCAAGCCAAGUGGCGCCGUGUCCUUGACGAGCUUUGUUGUGCGAUGCAGACGACCUUUCCGACGGCCAUGGAUGCACUGCUCUCGCAGGACUGGAAGCGCCCGCUCGAGACGACAGGCAAGGAGCCACCGCCGGCGCCACGACUCACGCGACACGACGUCGAGAUAGUCGAGAUGCGUUGGAUGGGACGAGGAUGA